AUGGCAGCCGACGCGGCGAUGCCGCUUGAAAAGCCGCGCCACAUCAAGUACUGGCAACGCUGCCACAAGACCUUCCUCCCACAUCAAUACACGUCGUCCGACAGCACGCGCAUAGCUCUCAGCUUCUUCAUCCUCGCCGCCCUCGACAUACUAUCCCCCUCAGAGCCGACCAAGAAAAACCCUCAUCUUCUUACCCCGACUGAUCGAGCCGCCGCGCGCAAGUUCGUUCUAGGCCUCUACCACCCCGGCGGCGGCUUUUGCGGCUCUCCCAACCAUGCUCUGCCGAGCGACUUGUACGCCGACUGGGAUUUUGAAAAGGGAAAGUCCAAGACGAGGAACGUAAGCUCGGCGAAUUUGGCCUCAACGUACUUUGCGCUGCUAAUCUUGGCCAUUGUCGCGGACGGGGUGGAGGAAGCGAAGAACGCCUUUGCGGGCGUGGAUCGCGUUGCGACGUUGCGGUGGUUGAAGCGACUGCAGCGGACUGACGGCAGCUUUGGCGAGCUUGUUCUAGAUGAUGGACGAAUUGCAGGUGGGAGGGACAUGCGGCUGUGCUUUCUUGCCGCCAUGAUACGGUGGGCUCUGAGGGGCGACACCAAGGAGGGCCACGUAGACUGGGUUGAGGACAUUGACGUCGACGGCCUCGUUCGGCACAUUCGCCAGGGACAAACCUAUGACGGUGGACUCGCUGAGAGCUCUCACGAUAACGAGUCUCAUGCUGGCUACGCGUAUUGUGCUGUCAGCGCACUGGCCCUCCUCGAUCGACCACCUGACCAGAGUGCAACUCUACACACCAGCCAGACCCUCAAGCAAGGCGUGCCUGAUAUAUCAUUGCUGGUAAAGUUCUUGGCUUACCGCCAGUUUGAGUACCUCGACAAGGAGGACGAUUCAGACGACACUGACCACGCCAACUUUGCGCUCCCCGAGUCGUUGAGCGAGCUGACAUUAGACCCGAGGCUGCGCUGCGUUGGGUUCAAUGGAAGGUGUAACAAGGUUGCAGAUACGUGCUAUUGCUGGUGGGUGGGAGGCACACUACAGAUGCUCGGUCACGUCGACCUCAUUGACGUCGAGCCGUCGCGCCGCUUCAUCAUCCGCAAAGCGCAACAUCUCAUUGGUGGGUUCUCGAAAUAUCCUGGGGGCCCGCCAGACAUUUACCACGGCUUCCUUGGCCUAGCUGCGCUUGCCAUCAUGGGAGACUCAGACCUAAGGCCAUUCGAUGCGUCCAUAUGCGCAACAGAUGCGACUGUGCGCAACAUCAUAUCUGCGAGGAAUGGGCUCAUCGAGGCUACCAAGAAGGCCUAA